GCGAGCUGGACUUCCGGCAGGAGCAGGCCAACCUGCUGAAGUUCCGCGAGUUCCUCGACGCCAACGGCCUCAGCGGCAUCGCGACGGCGCCGCUGCCAUACCCGGAGGCCUCGUCCGCGAGGGUGCUCACCAUGGAGCGGCUCCGCGGCGCGCCCCUCGUGGACCUGGAGGGGAUCCGGCAGUACAGCUCCAACCCGGAGCAGACGCUCAUCGACGCGCUCAACGUCUGGGCCCUCUCGGUGCGGCUCAACGACUUCUUUCACGCGGACGUGCACUCGGGCAACCUCCUGGUGCUCACCGACGGCCGCGUCGGCUUCAUCGACUUCGGCAUCGUCGGCCGCAUCCCGCCGCGGAUAUGGGGCGCCGUGAACGACCUGUCCCUCGCGUUCGCGCGGCAGGACGCGUGGGGCACGGCACAGCACGACGCCAGGAAGGCCAAGCAGGCCAACAACCAGGCGGCAUCGGUAUGCUGCUAG